AGUAUAAGCUUUGGACAAACCACAUUCGUGAUGUGAGCUACUUAUUAUGCAUGACUAAAUCCAUAAUUCAUGACUCAAGUCUGAACAAGCUUCAGACCAGUGAACGCCGAAGGAAGCUUUGAAGCCGCUAGAAUUGAAACUUUAAACGAAGAGCAAGCUUUAAUUAUCGGAAUUCUUCYUUUUUUACUUCGACAGAGAAGAAAUUUUAGUCACAAUGCCGACUAGAAACGUCCUUAUAGCCAUCAACGAAAGCCAACAUAGCAAGCGAGCUUUUGACUGGUACCUUGACAGGAUGCGCAUGCCUGGAGAUCAGGUGCUGCUGGCACAUGUGGUUGAAGGCGCCCAGAUACCAGCGCCAACGUUAGCACAUGGCCCAUCGCAUUCACGAGAAGAAUGGGACGACAUGAUGAAUCGAUUAAUGGAAGCAGCAUCGAAAGUUACCGGAAAAURCGAAGAACAGUGCAAUGAAGUACAGCUGGAACAUAAGACUCUAAGCGCUGUUGGUGGUAUAGGGGAAGCCAUAUGUGAAAUGGUAAAGAAUAAUGAUGCUGACCUCGUGAUCAUCGGCAACAGAGGACUGGGUACAAUUCGCCGUACACUUCUAGGCAGUGUUAGUGACUACAUUGUACAGCAUUCAGAUGUCCCGGUUUUAGUGGUCCCUCCUAAAUCUGGAUAAGCAUCAAAGGCUUCGYGCCAUGGCCAAGCGUUGAGAAUUAUUUUCUUGAAAGACUGUAUUUCUCAUGUUCUUACUUUGUUUAUACCACCACCAUGGCCGCCUUAGCUUUUUCUUUUAACUUUAUCACUCUUGGGUAUCGUUAACUGACUAGCAAAAAAUCUACCUCUCGCUUUAAGAAAAUGUAUUUAUAACUUUAGAAGACCUUUUAGAAGUUAAAAUGAUCAAAGUCUACAGGCUGAGACAACGGCUGAUAAAGCCAUAUUGCACGGUUCAAAGACUGAGCCACUUGUAAUAUGGACUUCAGAAUCUUUAAAUUUAAGUAUUAAUCUCCUUUUAGUUUAGAAACUGUAAAAAAUCAAUCGAAGUUUAGAUGUAACAUACCUUUAUUACUUCAGCAUUUCUUCSCAGCUUUGCCCUCUCAUCCGCCAUUUUUAAAAUUACCCAGAAYUCUGAGCGGGAUUACUCGCCCCAUUGCAACGCGGAUUAAUACGUCCGCGCAAGCGCAGAGGUUGCUCAGACGAUAACUGAUUUUGAGGAAAAGCCCUGAUUUUUGCCAUCGGAUAUCUCUAGAUUUAUUGUUGCAAUUUUAUAAAUACUUCUUUUCGGUAUUAUGUAUUCUUUGCAUUUAAGCAGUUUUCUUGUUUUGAAGCUCAACAAUUUCCAGAAAUUUGGAUUUUAUGUUGGUUUCCGACGACCACAAGAUUGCCGAAUAUAUUCAGACCGUUGGAAUAAAAUAUGAUUAGGAUCUAAACGGAAGAAAAAAUUUUAAGCUCGCGAAGUUUUCCCGCAGAACCAACGUUAUGAAAUAAAUUUGAAAGAAUUUUA